GAAAUUAGGGUUCUUCUCCAACCCAACUUCCUUUCCCUUUUGUCACAAAGGCCGGUCUGGGUUAAGAACCCGACCCAUCUCACCGAUCCGGCCCAGGUCCACUGUUAUUUUUUUUAUUUUUUAUUUUUUUGUUAGUCAUCUUGGGCCAUAACCCCCUAUCCGAGUUUCAUACACCCGUAGCCCAAUUUCCACUUUUCUAUUUCUUUUAUUUUGUUAGCUUAUUUGCUUAACAUUUUAUUAACUUAUUUGUUUAACUAAACUUAAAUAUUUAAUUACCUUAACUAAAUUGGUUAAAUUUAUUUUAGUCAAAUUAAGUUUGUUAAUUAAUUUUUUUUAAUAACUUCAUUAAUUAGUUAAGUGUAUUUUAAUUAAUUAAGAAAAUUCACACCCAAGAAAUAUUUUCAUUCGAAUAAAUUUCUCGAUCCAACGUCGAGUUUCUUCUUUUAAAACUUUCUUUAAAUCAUAUCGAAAGAUCGAGUGACAAGAAGUGUACACCUCUUGAAUACCUCAAUUCUUUUGGAUUAACACUUUUUUUUUUUAAACCUUUCUUUAAUUAAAUCGAAAGAUCUUGUGACAAGGGGUGAACACCUCUUGAAUACCCUGAUCUUUUGAAGCUAAAACACAUUAAUAAAAUCAAAGUGAUCAUGUGACAAGAAGUGCACACCUCUUGAAUACCUUGAUCCUUUGAACUAGAACACUUUAAUCAAACCAAGAGGUUAAGUGACAAGGGGUGAACACCUCUUGAAUACCUUGAUCUUUUGGAACUGAAACACAUUAACAAAACUUUUUCUAAAAAAAACCUUUCUUAAUUAAAUCAAAGUGAUUAAGUGACAAGGGGUGCACACCUCUUGAAUACCUUUGAUCCUUUGAAUCAAGUAUUAAAUCGUUCUUAAUCAAAUCGAAGUGAUCGAGUGACAAGGGGUGCACACCUCUUGAAUACCUUUGAUACUUUGAAUAAUCUUCUUUCUUAAUUAAAUCAAAGUGAUUAAGUGACAAGGGGUGCACACCUCUUGAAUACCUUUGAUCCUUUGAAUAAUCUUCUUUCUUAAUUAAAUCGAAGCGAUCGAGUGACAAGAAGUGCACACCUCUUGAAUACCUUUGAUCCUUUGAAUCAAACUUAAAAAAUUCUUUCUUAAUUAAAUCAAAGUGAUUAAGUGACAAGGGGUGCACACCUCUUGAAUACCUUUGAUCCUUUGAACCAAACACUAAACAUCCUUCAUAAAAUUAACCAACAAAAUCGUAGUUUUUUUUAUUCGAACUACGGUUGCUCUGACUUUCCCAUUGCACGAGGGAAUACGUAGGCACAAGAUACAAAUGUCUUGGCGAGCACAAUAAUAAAAAAAUAAAACCCCCUUUUCUUUUAUUGAUUAAUAAACUAAAGAACACAAACAUUACGCAAACACUCAUUCAUAAAACUAGCUAAAUGGGUCCCAUCGAGUACGAUGGAGGUGAGGGGUGCUAAUACCUUCCCCUUGCUUAACCGACUCCCGAACCCUAAUUUGGUUGCAAUGACCAUCUUAUCCGUUUGUUUUUAUUCAUGGGUUUUAUUCGAUAUUUUCCCUUUCCUUUUUGGAACAAAUAAAGAUCGGUGGCGACUCUGUUCUUUUUCGAGUGUGUAGACACCUCGAGCUUUUUUUUAGCGCUACAGUGCCUAUCUUUGUUACUGGUGACCGAAAGAUCCUAUUUGAACUUCCUUUAGCUCUAUUAUGGGUAUGAGUCUCUUGUUUUCCACGCCUAGUCUAGGAAUACAACUCGUGGUAUAUAUGGCAUGUGCAUCAGGAAGAGGGGAAGCCUUAUGGGAGACACCCUUCAUCCUCAUCAUCAGGAUGCUCAUAUAACAUUUUUGGGAGCUCUCUUGGUCUCCUCAGACCAUUAUGACUCGCUUGCUAGGUAACAUGUAUUUCAGGAUUAGAUUGGAUGGAUAUAAUCGCCCCUAACGAAUUAAUAAUUGGUCUUCCAAGGAUGACGUUAUAAGGCGAUAAGGCGUUUACCACGAGGUAAUUGACUUCGAUCACCUCAAAGUAUGCUUCUGAGAUGCAGUCCAUUUCCAGAUUUAUAUGGCCCCUUACCAGUACUUGUUUGCUUGACAAGUCCACUAGUGAGCCAUGGAAUUCCUUAAUGUUGUCAGGAUCGCAUUAGAGCUUCUGGAAGGUUCUCUAAAAUAGGAUUUCUGGUGAGCUUCUAGGAUUUAUCAAGCAUCAUUUUAUAUCUCAAAUAUUGUAUUGCACAGUGAUGACCAUGGGGUAGUUGUCGUUUGGGUAGACACCAAUGGCGUUUCUACUAGAGAAAACUAUUAUGGACCCUAGCCCUAUUUACGUGGUUUUGGAUAUGUCGUAGAAUAUUAUUAUGUUUGCAGCUAACACCUGUCAGGCGUAUUUUCUCCAAAAGGAGUUAGUUUUUCCCCCACCGAUAAAACUUCGGGCAAUGGUGUUAACCGUGACGUUUGGAUCUUUCUUGGACAUUUUCAAGAGAAAGUAGUGAAAGUGCUGGUAAUAGUGAAAACCCUUAACUGGUAAGAAUUUAUGGAGUUUUUAGUAUUUUUUGUGGAGUUAGAGCAAGCUCACAAGGUGAGAGACUCUAUUUUAGGGGUAUUUUUUAUGAAUAUCAGAUUGUCAUCCCUCAACCCUAAGGUUGAUGUAUUUAUAGAGGCUUACAGGUCUGAAUUUAGGGUUUCUCGGAAAUAGCAACCACCCAUCCUAGUAAUGAGAGAAGACGGUUAAAUCCUUAUUUCUUAGGGAGGCGUGGGUCAUUCUCCUGACUACUUCUUUGCACCACCUAUGACCAGGAAACGCAAGCUCCCACGUUUUCCUACUAUGAGAAAGUAGUACGUGUCCCGGGCGAUGCCUCUGAGAUAUGGACGGUAUCAUCAUGUCGCCCCUUAUGGGUAUUUACAAAUAUAUCACUACAGACGCACACAUACACAUGCGUGGGCGUACAUACACAUGUGUUCACUCACACACGUGCAUAGGCACGCGCGCACGCACAUGAUAAAGUCAAGAAAUGCAUCUUUGUCUACAUAUUUGAAUUUAUUUUUUUCAUCUUUAUUCUUGAUGGAGGAAUUUUAUCUCUCGUGAUUAUUCCUGUGAAUCUUAUUGUUCUCAUAAAGAUGCAUAACAUGAUAAAAUAUAAAAUAAUUUUAUUAUUUUUAAUUAAAUUAAUAACCAUCAUUCUAUAUUCUCUAUUAUGUUAGGGAGAAAUAGGUUGAUGUGGAGUGUGUGAACAUAAUCUGAUUACUGAUUUAUCCUUAUAGGAAACAAUAACUAAACAGCUAAAUGACUUACUUAAUAAAUAAAAAAACAUGUCAUUAUAUAUGAGUGGUAGAAAAUUAAAUGCCAUCCAUUCAAUCACUAGUGAUAACACUUUUCAGACAUUACAUGGUUUUGUUUUACUACAAAAUAACAUGAAGCUAAAUAAAUGUUAUGUCUGGCUCUAGCUAAGUUCAAGAUAGGCUAGGAAAAGCAAUGGCUUUCAAAAUGUUAUCACAGAAACAGAUUACAGAAGCUUUUUCUUCUCCCUUUAGUCUACCUCUUUUUUUCCUUAUAAUUGUGUUGAUUUUUAAGUUUGCACUUAGAAAAUCCAAACCCAAAACUAAUCUUAAUGAGCUUCCAUCUCCACCAAAACUACCUAUCAUUGGUAAUCUUCACCAGCUAGGCACACUUCCACACCAUUCACUUCGAGACCUAUCACUCAAAUAUGGAAACAUGAUGUUGUUGGAAUUAGGACAAAAACAAACUCCAGCCUUAGUGGUUUCAUCAGCAGAUGUUGCCAUGGAAAUCAUGAAAAAUCAUGAUAUAGAUUUUGGAAGUUAUGGAGAAAAAUGGAGACAGAAAAGAAAAAUAUGUGUUCUAGAACUUUUGAGUGUGAAAAGUGUAAAAUCAUUUCAGGUUAUAAGAGAAGAAGAAGUUGAAGAAAUGGUGAAUAAGUUACGUGAAGCUAGCUCAAAUAGUGCAUCUGUGAAUCUUAGUGAGAUGUUGGUUUCAACAACAAACAAUAUUAUUUGUAAAAGUGCACUUGGAAGGAAGUGUGAAGGAGAAGGAAACGUGAAAGAGUUAGCAAGAAAAGUUAUGAUUCAUCUUACAACUUUUGUUGUUGGAGAUUAUUUCCCUUCUUUGGGUUGGAUUGAUGUUUUUAGUGGAAAAAUUGGGGAGUUUAAGGACACUUUUCGAGCACUUGAUGAUUUGUUUGAUAAAGUGAUUGAAGAGCGUUUGGCUUUAAAGAAGAUAGAGAAUGAUCAAUUCAAGAAGAAAGGGUUUGUGGAUAUUCUUCUUCAAUUACAAGAGGAUGGCAUGCUUGGCUUUGAACUCUCCAAUAAUGAUAUCAAAGGAAUUCUAAUGGACAUGUUUUUUGGUGGAACAGACACAACCUCUGCAACAUUAGAAUGGGCAAUUUCAGAGCUCAUGAGACAUCCAUCCAUAAUGAAGAAAGCACAAGAAGAAGUAAGAAGAGUUGUAGGCCAUAAAUCAAAAGUUGAAGAAAUCGACAUCAAUGAAAUGCCUUAUUUAAAAUGUGUAGUGAAAGAAACUCUAAGGUUACGUCCAGCUACUCCUCUUAUGUCUCCUCGAGAAACAAUAUCGAGUGUGAAUCUAAAAGGGCAUUAUAUUCCUAAAAAAACAAUGGUGUAUGUAAACAAUUGGGCAAUACAAAGAGACCCUAAAAAUUGGGAAAACCCUGAAGAGUUUAUGCCUGAGAGAUUUGAACACAGCCAAGUUGAUUUUAGAGGUCAAGAUUUUCAAUACAUUCCUUUUGGUUUUGGGAGAAGAGGAUGUCCUGGAAUGAAUUUUGGAAUAGCUAUGGUUGAAUAUAUACUUGCUAGCCUUCUUUAUUGGUAUGAUUGGGAAACAAAUUCAGGUAAACAAGAUAUAGAUAUGAGUGAGGUAUUUGGACUUGUUGUAUCAAAGAAAGAACCACUACACCUUAAACCAAUAGCAUUUUCAUUUUAAUCUUCUUUCCAAUUGUUUUUGCUCUAAGUGAUUAUAUAUUGUUGUAGUAACUUCAGAUAUUUUCUAUUUGUAAUAAGGUUAAAGGUGUUUGGUGAA